GUUCUGCAAGACCAAGAAGCGAGUGCGAAGAAAUCAACUGGUUUACACAAGCUCGUUAAAAAGAUAUUGGAUGCUGUAGAAACAGGAGGGAAUUUUUGAAGUCUAGGUUAUCCGUUUAGUUACUGCCUGCCCAAAGGUUGUUUUGAUAUUCUCAAAGUUUGCAAUCAUAAUUCUUACAAACUGGACUAGUUACUGACAGAAAUAUAUAUUGCUAACAGAACGCAGCUAUCCUAUUCACUACAUAAUGGAGGCUUUUGCAUCACUGAUUGCAGCGAAACUGCAUGCAGAUAUUGUAGUUAUCCGUCUUAUUCUCUCAAUAUUCAUAGGUUAUCCUAUUGCUUUAGUCUAUAAUAUGCGAUCAAGUUCCUGGAGAGUUUUCUAUCGACACCUCUAUCUGUUCACAUGUGGUGUCAGCUUGUUCCUAUGGAAUUUCGGUUUUGAUAUUGUUCAUAUGUUCAUUGGGAUAUUCACUACAAUGCUAGUUAAUUACUGUUUUAUGCAUUCAAAAGUUGCUGUAAUCUUCGCCUUUGUUUUUAACAUGGGAUAUUUGGUGGUUGGUUCACACGCGUAUAAUCGUGGCACUUAUGAUAUUAAUUGGACAACACCGUAUUGUAUACUUUGUCUCAGGCUUAUUGGUUUAUCCUGGGAUCUAUAUGAUGCAUCUAAGCCAGAAGCCCAACGUUCACCUUCUCAGAAGAAAUCUGCCUUAUCCAAAUUCCCAGGAGUAAUGGAAACAUUGGCUUUUUGUUUUACUCCGACAGCUUUUCUUACUGGGCCUCAAUUUUCUAUGCGACACUUUCAAGCAUUCAUUGAUGGAUCUUUACGGCCGAGUAUUGUAUUACGAAAUCGUACUUUCAGUGAUCGAUUCAUUUACAAUGUCAAAGUUCAACGAACAUUGGGUCGUUUUAUCAUGGGAUUUCUUGGUAUAGUCACCUUAUCGAAGCUGUUAACAAUGUAUCCUGCUGACACAAUGCUAACUGAUGAGUUUAAAAAUGAAUGGAGUUUCUUCUCUCGCCUACUCUACAUGAUGGUGUUCGUACAACUAGUUUUGCUACGUUAUGUAUCCAUCUGGUUGAUAGCUGAGGGUUCAUGUGUUCUACUUGGUCUUGGAUGCACGGGUUUUGUCCAUAUUCAAUGCAAAGGGCUUGAUCAAUUGCCUGACUUAAAAACAAACAAGGAUACUAAGACAUUUAGUCGUGAUGGUCCUGUAUUAAAACGUCGUGAUUCCGCUGUGGAAUGGUCUGUGGCGGAUAAUCGUAUCAAGUCUUUGGCUGAUUUAUAUGAUCCAAAACAAGUUGAAGUAUAUGAAGCUCCGCAUACUGCCUGUGCAAAUAUUUCGUUGGCACGAUAUUUUUUUGCAACCAAUACUGAUGAUCUUGUCGCUGGGUUUAAUAUCAAUACUAACAAAUGGGUUCUAGAAUAUGUCUAUAAACGUCUACGUUUCCUGGGCAAUAAAAAUCUAUCUCAAUUGGUGACAUUACUAUUUUUGGCGAUUUGGCAUGGUACACACAGUGGAUAUUAUAUCAAUUUUGGAGUAGAACUCUUAGUUGUUAUAGUUGAAAAAGAUUUUUUGUCUAUACUGAAGAAAUCAAAGUAUAAUCAUUUCUUCUAUGAAAGUAUUCCUGGACGUGUAAUCAGUAGUGUUUGUGGUAAACUGCAUAUAUGCUUCCUAUUGGCUACUCCACUUGUAGCAUUCUCUCUGUUACAAUUCCAUUUAUGGUUUCCUGUUCUCAAAUCCGUCUACUUCAUUGGAUUCUGGUAUAUGUUUUGGCCAUUCAUCAGAUCUGGAGUGAAAAUCCUAUUACAGUCUCCAGCAUAUAAAUCUCACCUACAACAACAUCCAUCUAAAAUAUCAAUGAUUAAUGGUAAUCUUGAAGUCAGUUUAUCAUCAUUAAAAAAACAAUGAUUAUGAUAGAAAUGAUAUUACCAUGUAUUCAUGUGUAGUGUUUACCUCACCAUCAUGUUUGUGUACAACUCUUUAUGUGCGUAUGCGUGUGGGUGGGUGGGUGUAUGUGAUAAUUUUGGAGACAAAGAAUAACAAACUACUACUGUUUUACCUUGUUUUCAAAUUACUGUGCCUUUUCUCAAUACCAAGGAUCUACUAGAGAGGAAACAAGGUUGAUCAUCUUUGUAUGUAUAUGUGUGUGUGUGUGUACACUUGUGUUUGGUGAUACUCCUCACUUUGUGUCAAUUUAUUUUCCAUUAUGGUUGUAUUACACGCGCGUACAUUUCUACUCUCAUUUUUUCCAAUACACCGAUGAGCUCCUAUUAGUAGUAUAAUAACCAAAUGGUAACGCUGUGUAUCCACCAACUAUGGUUUCAAUGAGUACAUUUCUGGUGUUUCUUUUGUCUUCUUCUGUAAUUAUUAUUCUGUGUAUGGAUGCACACAUGACCCAUUUCAUUCAUUAUUCAUUGCCAUUAUCGUCCUCAUUUUCAGUUCUCUGCCACCACCUCUGACCUUUUCAACUAUCAUUCUUUUCUUUUUUCCUCAAUAUUUUCCUACUUCUAAUAUUUGGCGACUUGUUGUUGUUGUUGUUUCUUCUCGUGAUAAUGUGACUUUUCUAGAUCAUUAUAUAGUACCAGCUACUACUAUUACAAAGUAUUAUGACAGUUUUUCACAUGUGUAUAAAAAAUCUUUUCAUUGUCAACAUUUCGUCUGUUCGCGAGCUUAUUCCUGUUAGUCAGCGCUUCGUUGCAUACUUUUUGAAGUCUAGCGGCGAUUAUUAUCUACAUCUUUGUCAUUAUUAGUCAGUCAGUCUGUCUGAUCGGUGCAGGUUGAACGUAAUUGACUUACUUACAGUGUUUGUACUGAAUGAUGCUAACCUCUCAUCGGCGUCGACGUCUUCUUCUUCUUCUUCUACUAGAUUGUAUUCUCGUUUAUUUCUUUGGGGAUUCACUGGUAUUUACAUAAGAUGUGAAUGUUAUGAGUAUAUCAUUAUAUAUAUAUAUAUAUAUAUUAUGUUUUGUAAGACAUGCUUAAAAUAAAGUAAAAAUUUCUCAUUAU